CAUAUAUUGUGACGUUUUGCACAUGUUGCACAACUGCAAAGCAUGGUGUGAACACCACGUUUGGAAAUAUCAAAUCGUUUGCCAUCUAUUUAUACUGGAAUUGCACAAUCUUGUUUUGAGUAUAUAGACUCAACACGUGCUCAGUUAGCUCAUAGCAAUGGCUGUACGUGCUCAGUUCGAAGGAAAUAACGAGAUCGGGGUUUUCUCAAAGCUGACAAAUGCUUACUGUCUAGUUGGAAUCGGGGGCUCUGAAAACUUCUACAGUGUGUUUGAAGGGGAAUUGUCAGAAUCAGUUCCAGUCAUUCAUGCCAGUUUAUCAGGAUGCCGUAUCAUAGGAAGGAUGUGUGUUGGCAAUAGGCAUGGUCUACUGGUGCCAAAUUCUACAACAGAUCAGGAACUUCAGCACAUCAGAAAUGCUUUGCCAGAUUCCGUGAAACUUCAGCGAGUAGAGGAGAGGUUGUCUGCCCUUGGCAAUGUGGCUGCCUGUAAUGACUAUGUUGCGUUAGUUCAUCCAGAUUUAGAUAGGGAGACAGAAGAAAUCAUCAACGACACGCUGAAAGUUGAAGUGUUUCGUCAAACCUUGGCAGGAAAUGUCCUUGUUGGCAGCUAUUGUUCCUUCAGCAACCAGGGAGGCCUGGUCCACCCUAAAACCUCAGUAGAAGAUCAGGAUGAAUUGUCUUCUUUGUUACAAGUUCCUUUGGUGGCAGGGACCGUAAACAGAGGAAGUGACGUCAUAGGAGCAGGCCUUGUGGUCAACGACUGGAUUGCUUUUUGCGGUCUCGACACAACAGCCACAGAACUGUCAGUCAUAGAGAGUGUGUUUAAAUUAGGAGACAACCAGCCGUCCGCAGUCGCAUCAGGGAUGAGGGACGCCUUGUUAGACAGUAUGACAUAACGACAAAGGUGAUGGUAAAGGUUUGAAGUCUCCAUCCUCAAAGUGCUACUGUGUCAGUAUCUUGUGACGUGUGAUGAGGAGAUUUGCCAAAGACUAAGCAGCGGGCUCCAUUUCGGAGGGGAGAUAACUCUUGAGUUACAGGGAGCAAUUUCAAGAAAAAUCAGAUAGUUCUACAUACUGGUGACUGGAUUUGAAAAUACCUCUAUUCAGCAUCGUCAUUGAUUUAAACAAAGCCCUGUUUCACAAAUUCAUCUGGCAUUACAAAAAUAUCAACUCCACGUUGAACUAUGGGAUUCAUGACCUUUGUUUCAUUCAGUCUGUUUUGAUUAAGUGAUGUCCAGUUGUAAUGAAUCAGGUUUACAGUGAUUCAACUUUAUUAAUUAUAACAGAAUCAUGGAAUUAUCUUUAAGACAAUUAGAACAUACUUUUAUGUUGUUAAGUUGUCAAGAUAAUAAACAGUGAUGUAAUCUUUUUGAAUAAAUAUUGAAAAACGAAUCAUAAAAUUUGAGAGAAAUAUAUGCUCUGGUUCACUCUUGCCCAUCUGUUGUCGUCAAUGAAAUUCAUACUAUCAAUUAGAAGUUAUCAGAUUUUCAAAUCAGAAUAGAGAUGUUUUAAGGAAGUGGAAAGGUCUGUGUUCUCGUGUUAGACAUUGUAUGCACAUAUAUCGAUUCAAGCAUAUGUUGAUUUGAAAUGUUCUUAUGUUGACAUUUUGACGUGGAGUUGACAAAAUAGUGUCCUUAUUUUGUGCUCAACUAACAUCAAACUUACGUUCCUGACACCAUACUUUUACCCCUGUAAAUAAACAUGAAUGGUGUAUGACCACAUGAAAUAAAACCAGAAAGGAAGUUUCAUGUUUGA